GUGGUGGUUACGUGAUGGUGGUGGUUUCUUCUUCUGUUUUUCCUUUUCCUUCUGCUGUUUUGUGAGCACAUUGGGUAGGUACUACGCAGGGGGGGUUGAGGAUUGUUGCUGCCGUAGGUAGUGGGCAUGGGCGACAAUAACAACUUGGUCUCGCGCGUUCAGGAUUUUCUGUUUUGUACAUACAUUGUUUUGUAUAUACUAUAUAUGAUGACUUCAGUGGUUGGUGAACGUACCCGGGGCGCUCGGGACAAAACACAAAUUUCAGCCACACAGCCAGCACAACCACAGAAGCAAGUAGUACAGGCAACAGCAGAACAGAUUCGCCUUGCUCAGAUGAUCUACGAUAAGAACGAUGCAGAUUUUGAAGAUAAAGUGAAACAACUUAUCGAAGUGACAGGGAAAAACCAGGAUGAGUGCAUAGUGGCACUACAUGACUGUAAUGGGGAUGUGAACAGAGCAAUCAACAUACUGCUGGAAGGAAGUUCAGACACGACUUCUUGGGAGACUGUAGGGGGAAAGAAGAAAAGCCUUGGAAAAGAAAGUUCAGAGAACAGAGAAAAACGAGGGGACAGAGAAGUGAGUCGCGGACGGGGAAGUUCCAACGGACGGGGAAGUUCCAACAGAUGGGGAAGAGGAGGCAGCCAUGGCCAAGAGUUGUUUGGACGUGGCAGAGGGAGAGGAGCGGGGAGGUUUUCAGCCCAAGGCAUGGGGACAUUUAACCCUGCAGACUAUACGGACUCUUCUGCCACUGAUGGCUUUGGGACAAAAUCAGAUAUUUGGGAGACUGGUCAGAAUGAUGCAGAUGAUGGAACUGGAGUAUGGAAAAACUCAAGGGAAGAAUGGACAGCAGAAGACUGGAAUGAAGAUCUUUCUGAAACAAAAGUCUUCACUGCUUCCUUUGUUCCAGCUGAGAAUCAUGUGACUCCUGGGAAAAGCAUUGAUUUGGUAACAGUGAUUCAAAAGCCUGUGACCUCUAUCCAAGAGACAGAAGGCAACUCAUUUGAGGCUUCACAAGAGCAGACCUUUGGCCAAGCCCUCGUCUUCACAAAUUCACAGCACAGCACCCAGAUGGCAUCAGGAACUGGCAUCUCCAGUGCUGUAAACUCUUAUUCUCCUCAAAGUCUGUCUGCAGUUGUUUGUUCUGGCUUUGGAGAACUCAGAUCCUCUAAAUUGGCAAACUCUACUGGAUCCCAAAUCUUGGACCAAUUAAAAUCUCCAGCGCUGGAUCAGUUUACCUCUCAAGAAAACAAUAGUAUCUCUACCACCACCACAACUACCAUAUCAUCCUGGGAUCUAAAACCACCCGUUAUUCAGUCCUCAGUCCUUAGUCAGUUUGACUUUAAAUCCCAGCCUGAACCAUCCCCAGUUCUGAGCCAGCUGACCCAGCGACAGCAACAACAAAUGCAGGCUGUUCCUGUUCCUCCUGGGCUGGAGUCCUCCUCCUCCCAGAUAAAACUCAGAGAGCCAUCGCCAGCAGACAAAUCUACAGCUGUUGGCAAAAUGUUACAACCCCCCACUAUAUCUAUGGAUAACCAAACAGUGACUGCCCAUCAAACCCAGCAGAAACAGAUAAAACCACCAAAACGGAGGAUAGUUCCAGCAUCCAAGAUUCCUGCCUCUGCAGUGGAGAUGCCUGGAUCAGCAGAUGUGACAGGGUUAAAUGUUCAGUUUGGAUCAGAGCCUGCACUCCUAGAGUUUGGAUCAACUUCAAGUAGUGCGAUUGCCAGCCAGGCGACCAACAAUAGGUUGUGCUCAAAAUCUGUAAAUGAUUUUUUGAAUACCUCUUUGCCAAUAUCCAAUACAGUACAGGAGUCCACCUGCACAACCUCUGCCAUUACCUCUUCCAGUCUCACUUGCUCUUCCCAGGGCACUAGCUCAGUGACAACUUCCUCCUAUGACCAGACUUCUGUGCAUAGUAGGAUAGCGUACCAAAGCUCCAUGACUACAUCUGAAUCAACCCCUGUUGCAGUUACGAACAGGCACAGUGGUGUUAGAACACAGGCAACUCUUGAGCCUACUUCAUCAGUUCCAGAGCCUUUUCCUUUGCUAUCUCCUGCUGGUUCUCUGCCUAGCAUGGUAUCCACCACUGCCUCGCUUCUGCCUUCAGCAUCGCAGCACAUGGCAAUGUUGUCCAGCUUGCAUCAGUCCAGUGAUUUGGCCAGCAGCUCACUUUCCCAGUUAAGCAGUUCCCUUUCCAGUCAUCAGAGCAGCCUCUCCCCUGCUUCAGUGUUGUCUUCAAGCACAUCACAUGUGCACACUAGUAUUGAGAACACAACUUCGCUUCAGCCCUCAACAACCUUUUCAGCUGUUUCAACCUCAGCCACUAGCACCACCUCUUCAGUUGUCAGCAUGGCAAACAGUAUGAACACUACAAACAGCCUUGGCCUGAGUGUUUCCAGUGUGUCUAUACCAGCUGCUUCCACACGGGCAGCUCCCUUAGUGUCUUCAGGCAAAGCUCCCCCAAACCUGCCCCAAGGUGUACCACACUUGUUGCAUAACCAGUAUAUUGUGGGACCUGGAGGACUUCUGGCUGCCUACCCAAUUUACGGUUAUGAUGAUCUCCAGAUGCUUCAGUCCAGGCUGCCAAUAGAUUACUAUGGAAUUACAUUCCCUGCUCCUGCAACCUUGACAGGCAGAGAUGGAAGCCUUGCUAACAACCCAUACUCAGGUGACAUAACAAAAUUUGGACACGGGGAUUCUGCCUCCCCUGCUCCUACUACUACACUCACCCAGCCGCAGCAGAACCAGACGCAGACUCACCACACAACUCAGCAGCCCUUCCUCAACCCAACCCUGCCCCCGGGGUACAGCUACACUGGGUUACCUUAUUAUGCUGGUGUGCCCGGUGUACCCAAUGCAUUCCAUUAUGGGCCAACCAUGUUUGUACCUCCAGCAUCUGCAAAACAGCAUGGAGUCAACCUGAACACCCCAUCGACUCCUUUUCAGCAAGUGAGUGGCUAUGGACAGCACGGCUACGGGGCAGGCUAUGAUGAAUUAACACAGGGAACGGCUCCUGGAGAUUACAGCAAAGGAGGAUACAGUGGGUCAUCUCAAGCACAAAACAAAUCUGCUGGCACUGGACCAGGGAAAGGUGUUUCUGUGACCUCAAGUAACACAGGUGUACCUGAUAUCAGCGGCUCAGUCUAUAACAAGACUCAGAUGUUUGACAAGCAGGGAUUCCAUGCUGGCACACCAUCUCCUUUCAGCCUGCCCUCUGCUCCCGGAUCCACUGGGCCCCUGAACCCUGGUGCUGCCCCAGGUUAUGCUCCAGCCCCAUUUCUCCAUAUCCUGCCUGCACAUCAGCAGCCUCAUUCCCAGAUGCUGCAUCACCAUCUUCAACAAGAUGGGCAGGGUGGAUCUGGCCAACGUAACCAACCCAGCACCAUGCAGCAAAAGUCUCAGGCUACCAAAACUACCUAUGGCACUUCUCCAUACUGGACAACCUAAAUCCAAAACUGGAGAGGAGGGAGAGAACGGAAGGAGAGAAGGAAAAAAAAAAAAAAAGAGAAAAAAAGAAAAGCUGAAGCCCAUUCCUGGAAUUAUUAGGAGAAGUAGUAACUGCUCAGCCAAAUGCCUGUGUGGGGAGAGCUGCAGCC